GUUAAAAAACCUAACCUAACUUUUCUACCUAACUUGUGUGUGUUUAUUGUAGGAAAAUAAAAUAUAUCAUCAGUACAAUAAAAUAUUGUUAUUUAGAAAAAAAUAAUAAGGCUCUAAAAUGUCUGCGACGAAAAGAGUGCAGCAAUGGGCUACCUUUGCUCGCACUUGGCACAUUUUCGACUGCAAAUGGCAAGAUCCUUAUGAAUCGGCGAACGUUAUUAAAAAGUAUUUGAUGGGGCUCCACAAACCUAUAUAUCACCCUAUGAACGACUGUGGGGAUGUCGUCGUAUGUAUUAACAGCAAGCAGAUUGCUCUUAAAGGCGACGAGUGGCGACAGAGAGCAUAUUUCCACCAUACAGGAUACCCGGGUGGAGCUUCAUGGACUUUGGCUUGGGAAGUCCAUAACAAAGACCCUACCAUGAUUAUCAAAAAAGCAGUAUACAGAGCCAUGAGGGGUACUCUACAAAGGCGUCACACCAUGGAGCGACUCCUCAUCUACCCCGGCGAGGAGGUUCCUCAGGAUGUCCUAGAAAAUGUCACCAACCAAAUCAGACAGCUCAGAUUAGUGCCAACAAGACUUGACCACAUACCCAAAGAGGAAGUCGACAAGUAUCCUAAAGUUAUGGAAUACCCCAGUGACUAUGUGCUUAAAUGAAGUUAAUAAAGCUAGUUUUAAAAUAUCUAUAGAUUGUUUAUCAAAUUGUGUAGAAAUAAAAGUAUAUUCUAGUGUC